AACCCCACUCGCCUAUCCUCGCCCACGCCCACUCGAAUCACACAUACAAAAAGGUUGCACCGAGCAGCCAUGUCCAUGGAGGCCAAGAUCGUGGUACUCGGCAGCCAGGGAGUCGGCAAAACCUCACUGGUCCACCGCUACGUCAAAAAUGCAUUUGCUCCGCCCUCGACCCAGUCCACAAUAGGUGCUUCAUUCCUGACCAAGCGCGUUGUCGACAUCGACACCUCUACUAUUGUGCGCCUGCAGAUCUGGGACACUGCGGGCCAGGAACGGUUCCGCUCCAUAUCCAAACUAUACUACCGAGGUGCCAACGCCUGCGUACUCUGCUACGACAUAACCGACCCCGCCAGUUUCGAGGAAAUGGGCCGCUGGCUUAAGGAGCUGAAGCAGAACCUGGGCGAGGACAUAAUACUGCACAUAGUUGGCACCAAGUCUGAUGUAGUCGCCCAAGACCCUUCGAAACGACAAGUCCCGUUCGAACGUUGCAUCGCCUACGUCGCCGAGCACCUCUAUCCCCACCAGGCAGCUGCUGCGCAGAACCAGGCUGUGUCUGCAGGCUGGCAGACUGGAGGCAUGGCAUCACCGCAAAGCAAUCGGUCCAGUGGGUUCUGGGGACAAGACAUCGGCUGGGACUGUUGCCACGAAAUCAGCGCCAAGGAUGGUGAGGGCGUGGAUGAAGUCUUCCGGGUCAUCACACGAAAACUGGUGGAGCAGCAACAACGCAAACUCGAGGAAGAAAAUCGUCUGUUCCAAUUGGCCGGUGCCACGCCCGGUGCAAACGGAAACGGGAACCCCAAUGGCUACUUCGAUUACCCGGCCAACAGCAACGGCAGUUUCCGCGUCGGCGCUGGCGACAAGAGGCGGAGCUGGAUGGGGUUUCCGACCACCCCAAAUGUAGGCGGCGAGCAGAGCCAAUGGGAACAAGACAUUGAGCGGACCCAGAAGAGCAAAGGGGGCAGAUGUUGCUGAGGCCGCCCAUGUGUGUUUUCCCUUUUCCAUCCCGCCUACCACAAUCCCACCACAGUCCACAAUGGUUUCCCCUUAACAGCGGUUUUUUUUUGGGGAAACCUGUUUCGCGCAGGUCCCCCAACGACCAUUGGCUUUUUUUUUUCACACAUUCAAACCCGACCCUGGAUAGAGAUUCGGUGCCUUGUUGAUCUUCGAGAUACCCCUCCCUUGUUAGAUGAUCCCACAUGAUCGUUUCCAAAUACCUCUUUUGCAUGAUGCAUGCUCUCUUUUUUUCCUUCUUUCCAUCAGUUUGACGGGUUCUUUUUUU